ACUCCACAUUGGCGGAAGGGCGGACGGAGGGAACCAUAGAGCGAGAGAUGGAGACGGCGGCUAGAGAAGAAUUAGACUUGGAAGUAAGGAAGCCUUUAAUUGGAGACCAGCGCUCGGAAAGUGAUGAAGAGACUGAAAACGAGUUGCUGCCUGCAGAAAGGAAAUACCAACUUGAGGAACAAGAAAGCAUCACGUUCAUACAAACACUCACUCACCUCCUCAAAGGGAACAUUGGAACUGGACUUCUUGGGCUGCCACUUGCAAUAAAAAAUGCGGGCAUUUUGAUUGGACCCAUCAGCCUUGUGUUCAUUGGAAUUGUCUCUGUUCACUGCAUGCACAUUCUGGUUCGAUGCAGCCAUGACCUACGUCAAAGAUUGAAAAAGACGUCCUUAGGGUAUAGUGACACAGUGAGCUAUGCGAUGGAAUUUGGUCCCUUUAACGCACUCCAGAGGCGAGCCUCUUGGGGAAGGUGUAUUGUUGACUUCUUCCUGGUGAUUACUCAACUAGGCUUCUGCAGCGUUUAUAUCAUAUUUUUAGCAGAAAAUUUGAAACAAGUUUAUGAAGGGUUCUCAGCAAAUAAAUUGGUGGCUGUGAAUGCCACUGGAACCAGUGGGACCUCGGAAAAAAGGGGCACUGAUCUACGGCUGUACAUGCUGUGUUUCCUUCCAUUUUUGAUCCUCUUGAUUUUCAUCCGUGACCUUCGGAGUCUGUCUCUGUUUUCGUUACUUGCAAACUUAUCCAUGGCCAUCAGCCUCGUCAUUAUUUAUCAAUAUAUUGCUCAAGGUUUAAAAAGUCCUGGGAAGCUGCCUCUAGUGGUUGGCUGGAAGAAGUACCCGCUUUUCUUUGGCAUGGCUAUAUUUGCCUUUGAAGGAAUAGGAGUGGUGCUCCCCCUGGAGAACAGAAUGAAGGAUACCAGUCGCUUCCCACUGGCUUUGAACAUUGGCAUGGGGAUUGUGAUAACCUUGUAUAUCUCACUAGCCACUCUGGGCUAUAUGCGCUUUGGGAAUGAAAUCAAAGGCAGCAUAACUCUGAACCUGCCACAAGAUAAAUGGCUGUACCAACUGGUCAAGAUUCUCUAUUCCUUUGGGAUUUUCGUGACCUUUUCGAUUCAGUUCUUCGUUCCGGCAGAUAUCAUCGUACCAGCCCUCACCUCUGGAGCGCAGCAGAAAAGGAAAGUGUACUAUGAGCUGAUAGUGAGAAUGAUCCUGGUUUGUUCAACGUGUGCCGUAGCGAUUUUGAUCCCUCACCUAGACUUGGUGAUCUCGUUCAUAGGAGCGGUGAGCAGCAGCACUCUGGCUCUAAUCUUGCCACCAUUGGUCGAGAUCCUCAUUUUCUACAAGAACAAGGAGAACCUUGGGAUGCUACUGAAAGACAUCUUCAUAGCUUCCAUUGGAGUGAUCGGCUUUGUCACCGGCACAUACGUGACCGUUGUCGAAAUCAUUCAUACCACUUCCUUGGCUUCUGUUAAUGCCACAGAGGCGUCGGGUGCUUUGAACGCUUCCCACUUGGCCACACAUUUAGAUUAACAUUGGAAGAUGGAGAAUCUCCCGAGUUCAUUAUCGCAGAUUUGCUGAGGAACCAAAGAUAACGUUGGAUCCCACAAUGUGAAGCUGGGACUCUGAAUGAAUGUCUGAAAACGUAAAAUAUCUCUGCCCAGUGUACAAAGUUUCGAUCUGUUCCUGCCUUCCAGUUCAAGCACCCCUAAUGUUGCAUCUAGCAGAGAGAAAGCAUUUAGGUAUAUUUAUUUCCUUAGGGGACUUGAAAGCACAUUGGAAAGGUAAAAUGCUGCCCCCAUUCCAGUGUCGCAGAUUUGGCUAACGCGAGCCAUGAGGGGUUGUUUUCACCUGCUGUUCUAUUCAUGUGUCGUAAGGAUAUAUCUACCAAUGAACCAUAUGUCUACCAAGAACCUCUCAGGUGCAUGUCCAAUGGAUUUCUGUAAGAAGGCAGCUGUGCUGUUAUGCAAAUCCCACUUCAUUUCUUGAAUACAGAAGUGGCUCACACUGUGCUGUGUUUACCAGUGGGACAAGUCUUGGAGUUAGCCGGCUCCCUCUGUCCCCACAGGGUCAGCUAUCAGAAUGGAGAUGUUGCGCAUUCCUCUAUAAUGACUGAGAAGGAGGGUUUCUUGGUUUUGUCCUUGUAACGUGUUUACAUGCCAAGGGGGAAAAAGCCCUUUGCAGUGAGGCAUGCACAAUAUCUACCUGUUUUUUUUUUUUAAAAGCAGGGCACAAGUAAGAUCGUGAAUGGCGAUACAAGCUUUGUUUGAAUUAAUUAUUUUCCCUACCUUACUUAAUUGCUGCUGUACAAAUUUGCAGUAUGCCGUAUUUUUCUAUUUAUUCCUAACAGAGUAACACUAUAUUUGUACUGUAACAUCAUAUAGUACUGUACAGAUGAGGUGUUUCUACAGUAUUCUGCCUUAAAUAAAUAUGCAAAUUGCUUUGCGGAGGCAGGGAAAGGGGGAGGAUGAAAUGAGGCAAACAGAUUUUAGUGAAGUACAGAAGCCUUGGAUAUAAUCAGAAAAGCUAAAACUUUAAACCCGGCCAAAAUUAGUUUGCUUCACACAUAUUCAAGGCCACGCUUAGCCCAUAUUUAUGCAUAUUAUAUCACGCAUUAUGUGUUUUCACUGUUCUGGGGGGCAAGCCACCAAGAAGCUCUCCUUUACAAGGUCCAUUUUAAAAUGAAUCAGGUCUGUGUUGCGAAUGCAGUAUAGAUUGGGCUCCUACACCUACGCUUCCCGCCCUGUGGACAGGAGCUCCAGCUUGGUGGCUGUGUUUUGUGGCUCCAGUUUUUAACAGUUGCGUGCAGAUGAAAGUCAUGUUCAGUGUGCACUUUUAAUGGAACAGGCAUGUGCAGAAAUAACAUGGGCACAAGCCUAUUCAUUCUGUAUAUAUAUGACUAAACAAUUAAAACAAAGCAUUACUUUUUUAAUGCUUUUCUCUCUCUCUCCCCUUUGCUUGACCAUUAGGCAUGAUAAAAUAUUUACAAAAGAAGUAUUUAUACUUUCUGAAUGAAAAUGCACAGAUUUUGUUUUUGUGGAUUUUAUUUUAAUUGAGGGACACACUGGGUGUGACGAUGACAGGGGUGUGUGUACUCAGAUCUGUUUCAAUUAGGGUUGCCAGAUCCAGUUUGAGAAAUUUCUGGAGAUUUGGGGAUGGAGCCUGGAGAAGGCGUGGUUUGUGGAGGGGAGGGGCCUCAGAAUAGUAUAAUGCCAUAGAGUCCACCUUCCAAAGCAGCCAUUUUCUCCAGGGGAACUGAUCUCUGUCACCUGGAGAUCAGUUGUAAUUCCGGGAGAUCUCCAGCCACCACCUGGGGGCUGGCAACCCUCGUUUCAAUCCUGUAGAAAGUGGGAAAGAUCCAAUGGAAUAUCCAAGUCUGUCCACCAACAUCACUCCCCCCCCUCUUUACUGUACUCCAAAACUGGGUGGCUGGGAGAGGUGUGGUUGGGGAGAAAGGGGUGCAAGUAGCAAAGCCCCAAACUGGGAAAGGGCAACCCAUGUUCCUCACCCAGGUGUCUUUCUCAUUCCUAAAACUGCACCUCUCCCUUCUAUGUGAUUACAACAGAACUACAUUUCAAACCCUCAGAUCUACUACUUUUGCAUACCUCUUUGCUCAGCGCUUGAACAUCUUGCAUAUAAAUAUAUUCUGAAUGUGUUCUGGUGCCAUGCAAUGGCAGCUUCCGUUUCUCCCCGCUCCUUUAUUUUGGCACUUCCCUGGGUGUCUUUUUUGGAGGCAUGAAAUCCACUCAGGUCAUUUGUUCUCUGUCCUGUGAAUUACAUUUUGGGGGCCUCUUGUGUAGAAUGCGUACCAAAGGAUUUGAGCAGGAACGCUUGGCCAGCAGCUGGUGUUGGCCUGCAUGAACUCAGUCAGUCUGGCACAAUGGAACUGAGGCCAUUGUCUCCGAAGUCUUGCUGUUAAGACCAUAAGUGCCUUUGGAAACAUCAAGGCUUUCUGUGAUGCUGAACUCCCAGAACCUUCAUCUGAAGUGGGAGCACAUGUAAAAUUCAGGCUUGGAUUUCGUUCCUUAGGAUUCCCCUCUGAAGAUCUUGGCAGGAGUGGGGAGACGUUCCACAGUACUGCCGGACUGGAAUGCUUUUCAUCUGGCCAUCUCAUCAUGCAUCCAGCAAUUCAGAUUUCUUUUAUGCAUCGCAGCUGAGUAUGAAGUAGCUACUAACGUUCUAAAAAUUGCUAACAGAUGGAGGCUUCUUAACGCCAAAACAGAAUAAUGUUUAAGUCCUCACUAUGUGAGUGUUGCAUGUAGAGCAUUAUGCACAAAACAAUGUGCUCUGCAGUGUUUUGCUAUCACAGCAGACCCAUAGAACUUCCGAGCGGCUGGUUUACGGCAGACUUGCACAUGUAUAAGGUCUUUGGAUGUCAAUGGCACUACUCUACCCUAAGCAGGCUGUAAAUAGCUCUCCAGUGCACGUUUUUCUUGGUCUCCAUAAAUCCAAGAAAAUGUGAAGAGAGAUUCUCUGGGAGAAGGCAUUUAUGGACUCGCAUGUCGACUCAAAUGUGAGCAAUUGGCAUGUUCAAAAUAAAGUUCCAGAGAAUCCUUGCCAAAGAUGCUGAAAUGUAGCAUAAUCUUAAAGGAAAAACAAAUACAGUGGUGUGGUUAGCUUUUAAGACAGGGUAGGGCUUAUGGGGGCUGUUUGAAUAAAUGAAUGGCUGCAAACGUUCAAAUGCUGAUACAUAUUUACAGAGGAAGCAAACAGCAGUCCAUAAUAGAAACUAUUCCAGUGGAUAUUCUUACAUUCCUAAACAAUAGAAAACAAAGGAAUUAUGCAGUAUGUAUUUUAUAUUUAAAUGGGUUAUAUUGUGGGUAUUUUUAAUAUUGUGGGGUCACUGUGUUUUUACUGGGGCCAUUUUUUCAGUGUUCCUUGGACACAGAAACUUGAUAUGACGCCAACAGAUUUCUUCCAUCUCUUUUGGUAGCCUAUGUGUUCUCUGUCUCAAUAAA